UGUUUGGCAGUUCACAGUUGGCACUUGGCAUUCGCUUCCCGCGUCUGAACCGAGACGAACGUGUUAUUUCAAUUUUGUUUAAAAACAAGUGUAAAGUUUUAUAAUGGUCAAGUUUUCUCUUUUAGUGCCGGUUUUGUUGGUUGCCGUUUUCGUAACACGCGGCGAUGCAGUUCGUUGUUGGACGUGCUCGUCCGACCUAAACCCGUACUGCAAUGAUCCCUUCAUUCCAAGUAGCGUCGACAACUCGGGUCUCUUCCGUCUUGAGAACUGUGAUGCGAACACUGGCGCCUCCUACCCAUACCUGACGUCGUCAAAGUCCGCCUGUAAAAAACAGAAGAAAUUCAUUGGUGGUCAACUUGUGGUGUCUCGUGGUUGCACGUGGAAACGCCAGGAUGAUUACUCGAACCAAUGUCCAACAUCAUCAAACGGUCACAACGAAGUGACCUCAUUCUGCGAAACCUGUGACUUCGACGUAUGCAACGGUGCCACCAGCUACGGAGUCACUUUAGCUUUAAUAUUGGCACCUCUCGGUCUUCUACUUUUCAAGUAGACCUAGGAGUAUAUAAAAUCCGUUCAUCCAGUUGUGUUCCCACCGUUACCAAAUAAUCUAACGAUACAACUUUUUUCGUUUAUAUACUUAAAAUAUAUAUCAGUAUCGUUGCGAGCAUAAUAAUGAAAAUAUUUCAAUGCAUUGACAAAAGUUUCCAUUUGUAAUACGAUUAUGUUUAAAUAAAAUCAUUUUUAUUUAUUAAUUGUUAUUUGUUAUCAGCAAUUUAUUCAUGACUUCAGCCUUCAUUUGAUACAAAUAUAUGCACAAUAUAUCGUAAAAAUUUAAUAACGAAUAAAAAACCGCUGACUCGUUGAUUCUUAAGAUUUUGUUAAUUUUACUAUAACUUCUUAUAUAAGUCCAACUCUAUACUAUAUACUAACUUUCUUUGUGGGUGUAAUUUUUUGUCAGGUUAAGGACAUAAUAAUUAUAAGAUUGUUUUCGAUGUACAUAAUUUAACUGUUGUUUAAAAUAAUUGUUAAGUUGUAUCCAUUUUAUUAACUUUAUAUCUCUAUUUUCACAUAAUACAAAUAUUAUUAUUCUUGUGACUCAGUUCCGUGUAAUUUCUCACUGAUAUAAAACCGUUUACACAUUUUAGAUAUGACAUUAUUUUAAUAAAUAAAUGAGAAACAAAA